CGCCACACCGGCUCCGACCGCGCCGGACCGUCGACGCCGACGCUGCGACCUCGACGUUUGGAUCGAGCUGAGGCCUUCGCGUGAUAUCUGACCUGACCGCCGCCGUUCUGCGGCGACCUGGCACGGUAUGGUGGCGACAUCUGCGAGCGAUGCGGGCAACCACGAUGAGCUGAAGGGUGGGCGGCUGCUGCGCCAGGUCUUGAUCGGGGUCACAGUGGCUUCGUUCAGCGGGUGCCAGGGAGCACACACGACCGUGCCGGCCGUCCUGCUGCCGCAGCUGAUGACGAACGGGUCGGACAUACCUCUCACAAUGCAGCAAGGAACCUGGUUUGCCAGCAUGCACUCCUUGUCGGCGCUGGCCGGCUCCGCGCUGGCCGGUGUUCUGGUCCACCACCUCGGUCCGCGGCGGGUGCUGCAGCUGCAGGCGCUACCCUGCAUCGCCGGCUGGCUGCUCAUGGCACUAGCCUACAACUUCCCCAUGCUGAUGGUGGCCCGGUGCUUGAUAGGCUCGUCUUGUGGUGUAGCCAUGAGCGCCGUACAGGUGAACCGGCGAGCCUGGCCGGCGAGGAAGAGCUUCAGCAGGACCGUCCCCCACGUCUUCGUCAUUCUCGGAGCGUCGGGAGAUCUGGCCAAGAAGAAGAUUUAUCCGACCAUCUGGUGGUUAUUCCGUGACAACCUGCUGCCGGAGAAGACCAGCAUAGUUGGCUACGCCAGGUCCAAGCUAUCUGUUAGGGAGGUCAGAGCCAACUGUGAUCAGUACAUGAAGGUGCGGCCGGAGGACCGGGAGCGGUACGAGCAGUUCUGGCGGGUGAACCGGUACGUGGCCGGCGCUUACGACGCGCCAGCGUCGUUCGCGACGCUCGACCGGGCCAUCGGCGAGCUGGAAAGUGGCGGCUCAGCCAACCGGCUCUUCUACCUGGCGCUUCCGCCGUCCGUGUUCGCGCCCGUCACCACCAACGUCAAGGCCCAGUGCAUGGCCAAACGGGGCUGGAGCCGGAUCAUCGUGGAGAAGCCGUUCGGCCGGGACGCCGACAGCUCAGCCGAGCUGUCCCGACACCUGGCGGCGCUCUUCAGCGAGGAGCAGAUCUACAGGAUCGAUCACUACCUGGGCAAGGAGAUGGUCCAGAAUCUGAUGACGCUGCGGUUUGGCAACGUCAUAUUCAGUCCGACCUGGAACAGGGACUACAUCUCCAGCGUGCACAUCACAUUCAAGGAGCCAUUCGGCACAAAGGGCCGAGGUGGAUACUUCGACGAGUUCGGAAUCAUCAGGGAUGUCAUGCAGAACCACCUGCUGCAAAUCAUGUGCCUGGUAGCCAUGGAAAAGCCCUGCUCGGCCUCAGCAGACGACAUACGAGAUGAAAAGGUGAAGGUCCUCAAGUGCACGCGGGAGCUGAGUCUCGACGACGUGGUGUUGGGGCAGUACGUCGGAGACCCGCACGGCGAGGGGGACGCUAAGCAGGGCUAUCUGGACGACCCUACCGUGCCCAAGGGGUCGGUGACGCCUACCUUCGCUGCCGCCGCCCUCUGGGUCAACAACGAACGCUGGGAGGGUGUGCCCUUCAUCCUGCGUUGCGGCAAAGCGCUAAACGAGCGGAAGGCUGAGGUGCGAAUCCAGUACAGAGACGUGGCCGGCGACAUCUUCCACGGCGGUCAAACACGUCGCAACGAGCUGGUGGUCCGCGUGCAGCCCGGCGAAGCUGUCUACGUCAAGAUGAUGACCAAGAAGCCCGGCAUCACCUUCGACAUGGAGGAGACCGAGCUGGACCUCACUUACGCCGCCAGAUACAGGAACCUGAAGCUUCCGGACGCCUACGAGCGGCUGGUGCUGGACGUCUUCUGCGGCUCUCAGAUGCACUUUGUGCGCUCGGACGAGCUGGCCCAGGCCUGGCGGGUCUUCACGCCGCUGCUGCACACCAUUGAGGAGACCAGACCCAAGCCGGUGCCAUACAGGUACGGCUCGCGAGGUCCACAAGAGGCCGACGACCUCAGUCGGCGUCUCGGAUUCAAGUAUACGGGCACCUACCAGUGGAACGGCGACAAGGCGCACGUCUGAUGCCAUCGGUGGACUGGCGACAAGCUGCACGUCUGACGUCACCGCCAUUGGAACGGCGACAAGACCAUGUCUGAUGUCACUAGCAAUGGAAUGACGACAGGGCCCACAUCCGGCGUCACCAGAAGUAGAACGGGGACAGAGCGCAUGUCAGAUGUCACAAGCAAUAGGCCGUUAACAGGGCGUAUGUCUGACGUCACCAGUAGUAGAACGACAACAAAGCGCAUGUAUGACGCCAGAAGUCAUGAAACGUUGACGGGGGUGUGUCCGACGUCAUGGGCAGCAGAACGGCGACAGCGCACAUAUCUGACGUCACCAGAAGUAGGACGGCGACAGGGCGCACGUUUGACGUCAUCAACGAUACGAGGCGACAUAUUGUGCACCUCACAUCCUCAGAAAGGGGGAGGGGCAGGAUCUAAAAACAGGCAUACGAUGCAAACACACAAGUUUUUCGAAACGGCCCGUCCAAUCGCCCUGAAGCCUUCACCAAUUGAUUCCGGGAGAUGAGGGGAGUCAUGGCGAGACAAUAUUGAGAUCUGACCUGAGGUCAAACACCUCGAAAACGCAAGUAGAAAAUUUUACACGCAAAUACAGACAACUCAGAUCUCAGAGCCUAAUAGACCGAUCACUGUGAAACCUUCCCCAUGGGAUGUCCCAUACCUGAUUCCCUGUUGCAGUGCCAAAUUUGGUGGUCCUAGGUCAGAUCACAAGUCGUCAAAUUUCACAAAGUCCAAAAUUCUUGCAGGCAACUUAUUGCUCAGAAUCUACCACGCCGAUAGCUGCCAAACCUUACCAUUCGGUAGGCCAUCUGCCUUAAUUCUCUAUUGAAUCUGCAAGUAUGAUGCCAUUCAUAAUUGUCUUUUCCUUUAUGUUUGUUCCCAAGCUGGGUUGGGCUGGCCUUAU